AUUGCACGUGUGGGAUGGUAGUCUCCGUUCAUUAAAAUCAUUCAGGAUUCCCACGCUGUGUUCCUCUCAAUUCUUCCGCUUAUUUUGACGGUGGGAUCGAGGCGAACAGGAAGCAGCGUGACUGAUAAUGUGCAACCGGAGUUUCGCACGUAUUUAAGACUGUCAUGGGAAGGAUGAGCCGACAGAGGCCAGUGAAGCGAGUCUCACAGAAUGAUGCCAGCGCCCACCGGAAAGAUGAGAAACCCAGCGGCCCACACCGUAAGGACAAGGAGCGGAAGAAGAAGGCCGACAUGGGCAAGGUCUUCAUCAAUAUCUCCAUUGGCCUCUGCAUCUUCAGCCUGGUGUGGUUCUUCUACGCCCUGUACAUGCGCUCCUCACUGGCCAGGCGAGUGGUCACCCUGCAUCCCUCGCCCCAGGUCCUCCAUGAUAACAGCACCAGUGCUGCUGUGUCCCCUCAGCGCUUCUGGGGCUCCUACAGGCCACAGGUCUACUUCGGCAUGAAGACGAGGAACCCCAGGUCCAUGGUGACGGGGCUGAUGUGGAUGCGGCAGUCCCCCGAGGCGGACGUGAGUCUGAGGCAUACAUGCGAGCAGGGUGACCGGCUUCACAGUUACGGGUGGCUGGCACACGACGGCCUGAGCUUUGGCGUGCAGGAGAUCCGGGACACCGACUUCAUCCUCACCACUGAGUUUGUGAAGCGACCGGGAGGGGAUCACGGUGGGGACUGGACCUGGAGAGUGACCGCCAAGCAGCAGAGCUCCGCCCCCCAGCCGCCCAUCAUCUCGUUGAUGUUCUAUGUGGCGGCAGACACCCAGGGCUCCCUGCAGGCGCACGUGGAGGAGCGUGGCCGCCUGAGCUCCGUCACGGGCUCCUCUGAGGAGCUGGGCAGCUUCAAGGUGACCUUCGGGAAGCCCACUGCCGGGGAGGCUGCGGGCACCAAGUAUGCCAGUUACAAUCACCUGAAGACUGUUAGCCCGGGUCUGGAGAAGCUUACUGACAUCGUCCGCAGCAGCCUGAGCCGCAGGUUCGUCUUCAGUCCCCCUUCAGGCGAGAGGAGACCCUACGUUGGCGUGGACGUCCACCGUCCCCCCACACAGCCCCAUCAGCAGAAACAAACCAACCCUAGGACGGAGAGCGACUUCGUGCUGCACCAGGUCACAGCGCAGACCCCCUUCCAGAUCGAGGUCCUCUUUGAGUCCGGGAGUUUCCGGGAGCGGCCCAACCAGCUGGCGGGCCGGGUUAUGACGGAGGAGCUAGAGGAGAAGGUGGCAGCAUUCAACCGCAAGUUCGAGGAGACCUUCGGCCUACAGGGCAAGGGAUUUACUCCUGCCCAAGUCAAGUUCGCCAAGGCAGCCCUAAGCAACAUGCUUGGAGGGAUGGGCUAUUUCCACGGCCAGUCCAUCGUGCAGUCACCCUACAACGAGCACCCCUUGCUGUACCCCGAGGGGAGCUUGUUCACCGCCGUCCCCUCACGCUCCUUUUUCCCCAGGGGCUUUUUGUGGGAUGAGGGCUUCCACCAGCUCCUGGUAAGUCGCUGGGACCCCGAGGCCACCCGUGAAGCUCUGGCGCACUGGCUGGACCUGAUGAACGCGGAUGGCUGGAUCCCGCGUGAGCAGAUCCUGGGCGACGAGGCGCGCAGCAAAGUGCCCGCUGAAUUCGUGGUGCAGUGGAACGAGAACGCCAACCCGCCCACACUCUUCCUGACACUGCAGGCGCUGUUGGAUGCCGAGCCGCUGGGGCGCCACUCUGUGGCCACUGAGGGCUUCUUCCGGCGGAUUUUCCCGCGGCUACGCACGUGGUUCGAGUGGUACAAUGUCACACAGUCUGGCCCACUGCCUGGUUCGUACCGCUGGCGGGGGCGGGACAAGGACGCCAACCUCUUCCUCAACCCCAAGACACUGACGUCGGGGCUGGACGACUACCCCCGGGCCUCGCACCCGUCAGCCGAUGAGCGGCACGUGGACCUGCGCUGCUGGAUGGCGCUGGCCUCCAGUAUCAUGGCCCGCGUGGCGCAGCUCCUGGGUGAGCCGGCCAGCGACUACCAACGUGCCAAGCGCGAGCUGAGCGACAACGCACGGCUGGCCGAGCUGCAUUGGUCUGAGCACUUGGGUGCUUUCGCCGACUACGGGAACCACACCCCUGCUGUGUCAUUGGUCCAAGAAAAGGUGUACGUACCCCCAGGGCAGCCCCGGCACCAAUUCCCCGCAGCCCGCUUGGUGCGCUCCGUCCGCCGCGCCCCCAAACUCCAGUACGUCAAUGCUCUGGGCUACGUCAGCCUCUUUCCCUUCCUCCUCCACCUCCUGACCCCCGACUCGCCCAAACUGGGGCACAUCCUACGUGACAUGAGGGACCCCGGCAAGCUGUGGACCCCCUACGGCCUGCGCUCGCUGUCCAAAGCUGACCCCAUGUAUAUGAAGCGUAACACAGAGCAUGACGCCCCCUACUGGCGAGGGCCCAUAUGGAUCAACAUCAAUUACCUGGCUGUGAGGGCCUUGCACUACUACGGCAAAACGGACGGGCCGUACCAGGAGUCCGCGGCGGUGCUAUACCAGGAGCUCAGGACUAACAUCAUCGACAAUGUUUACAGACAGUACAUGGAAACGGGCUACAUCUGGGAACAGUACAAUGACACCACGGGGCGGGGUGAGGGGAGCCACCCCUUUACCGGUUGGUCGGCUCUUGUCACGCUGAUCAUGGCUGAGCAGUACUGAGGUGCUGGUCCACACCGACGUCACGCGCCAAGUGAUUUUCGUUUUAGUUUUUAACUUUUUGUCUCUCUACAGAUUGUUGUAUAGAUGUGUUCUAAUGACAUCAAAAAAUGUUCCAGUUUCUGUGAGGGGGAAUAAAAUGUAAUUAAGGGUCCGGGGAUGAAGUCUUUUGAGUUUUUCCUGACUUAAAAUUUAUACGAAACCGUUCUAUUCAGCGCACUUGAAUUGCGCCGAAGGUCAUUUUCAAGGAGCGAUCGGAGUAAACGUGCUUGCAUCCUCCAGAAGAUACCACCUUUACACAUUGCGAAACCCAGUAAAAACAUUGCUGAUAAUUCUUUAAACAAUAGUAAAAUAAAGCAGUUUUGAUCCCCA